AUGGUAACAUCAACAUGAGGUUCAAAAAAAGCGAAGAAAUUGUAAUGGAAAUCAAAACAGGUGAAGAUUGAAAAAAACUUAGAUUAUAGGAAGUGAAAAAUUGCGGACUGUGCGUAGGCCAAACUAGAAAAAUACAGGAAAGCGGAGUUUGCUGAGUGCCAACGCUAUAUCAAUCGGAAAACUGAACGGAACGAAUCGUUAUAUCAUUGAACCGAUCGUCUAAAAAUUGGCAGCGCCCAAAACGAGAAAAACACGUUUUGGGCGCUGCCAAAACUGAGACCUUCGAGUCAAACUUUUUGGGCGCUGCCAAAACUGAGACUUUCCAGCCAAACAUUUUGGGCGCUGCCAAAACUGAGACCUUCGAGUCAAACAUUUUGGGCGCUGCCAAAACUGAGACUUUCCAGCCAAACAUUUUGGGCGCUGCCAAAACUGAGACCUUCGAGUCAAACAUUUUGGGCGCUGCCAAAACUGAGACCUUCGAGUCAAACAUUUUGGGCGCUGCCAAAACUGAGACUUUCCAGCCAAACAUUUUGGGCGCUGCCAAAACUGAGACCUUCGAGUCAAACAUUUUUGGGCGCUGCCAAAACUGAGACUUUCCAGCCAAACAUUUUUGGGCGCUGCCAAAACUGAGACCUUCGAGUCAAACAUUUUUGGGCGCUGCCAAAACUGAGACCUUCGAGUCAAACAUUUUUGGGCGCUGCCAAAACUGAGACCUUCGAGUCAAACAUUUUUGGGCGCUGCCAAAACUGAGACCUUCGAGUCAAACAUUUUUGGGCGCUGCCAAAACUGAGACUUUCCAGCCAAACAUUUUUGGGCGCUGCCAAAACUGAGACCUUCGAGUCAAACAUUUUGGGCGCUGCCAAAACUGAGACUUUCCAGCCAAACAUUUUUGGGCGCUGCCAAAACUGAGACCUUCGAGUCAAACAUUUUUGGGCGCUGCCAAAACUGAGACUUUCCAGCCAAACAUUUUUGGGCGCUGCCAAAACUGAGACCUUCGAGUCAAACAUUUUUGGGCGCUGCCAAAACUGAGACUUUCCAGCCAAACAUUUUGGGCGCUGCCAAAACUGAGACCUUCGAGUCAAACAUUUUUUGGGCGCUGCCAAAAACUGAGACCUUCGAGUCAAACAUUUUUGGGCGCUGCCAAAACUGAGACUUUCCAGCCAAACAUUUUGGGCGCUGCCAAAACUGAGACCUUCGAGUCAAACAUUUUUGGGCGCUGCCAAAACUGAGACUUUCCAGCCAAACAUUUUGGGCGCUGCCAAAAACUGAGACCUUCGAGUCAAACAUUUUUGGGCGCUGCCAAAACUGAGACCUUCGAGUCAAACAUUUUUGGGCGCUGCCAAAACUGAGACCUUCGAGUCAAACAUUUUUGGGCGCUGCCAAAACUGAGACUUUCCAGCCAAACAUUUUUGGGCGCUGCCAAAACUGAGACCUUCGAGUCAAACAUUUUUGGGCGCUGCCAAAACUGAGACCUUCGAGUCAAACAUUUUUGGGCGCUGCCAAAACUGAGACUUUCCAGCCAAACAUUUUUGGGCGCUGCCAAAACUGAGACCUUCGAGUCAAACAUUUUUGGGCGCUGCCAAAACUGAGACCUUCGAGUCAAACAUUUUUGGGCGCUGCCAAAACUGAGACUUUCCAGCCAAACAUUUUGGGCGCUGCCAAAACUGAGACCUUCGAGUCAAACAUUUUGGGCGCUGCCAAAACUGAGACUUUCCAGCCAAACAUUUUGGGCGCUGCCAAAACUGAGACUUUCCAGCCAAACAUUUUGGGCGCUGCCAAAACUGAGACCUUCGAGUCAAACAUUUUGGGCGCUGCCAAAACUGAGACUUUCCAGCCAAACAUUUUGGGCGCUGCCAAAACUGAGACCUUCGAGUCAAACAUUUUGGGCGCUGCCAAAACUGAGACCUUCGAGUCAAACAUUUUGGGCGCUGCCAAAACUGAGACCUUCGAGUCAAACAUUUUGGGCGCUGCCAAAACUGAGACCUUCGAGUCAAACAUUUUGGGCGCUGCCAAAACUGAGACUUUCCAGCCAAACAUUUUGGGCGCUGCCAAAACUGAGACCUUCGAGUCAAACAUUUUGGGCGCUGCCAAAACUGAGACUUUCCAGCCAAACAUUUUGGGCGCUGCCAAAACUGAGACCUUCGAGUCAAACAUUUUGGGCGCUGCCAAAACUGAGACCUUCGAGUCAAACAUUUUGGGCGCUGCCAAAACUGAGACCUUCGAGUCAAACAUUUUGGGCGCUGCCAAAACUGAGACCUUCGAGUCAAACAUUUUGGGCGCUGCCAAAACUGAGACCUUCGAGUUAAACAUUUUGGGCGCUGCCAAAACUGAGACCUUCGAGUCAAACAUUUUGGGCGCUGCCAAAACUGAGACCUUCGAGUCAAACAUUUUGGGCGCUGCCAAAACUGAGACCUUCGAGUCAAACAUUUUGGGCGCUGCCAAAACUGAGACCUUCGAGUCAAACAUUUUUGGGCGCUGCCAAAACUGAGACUUUCCAGCCAAACAUUUUUGGGCGCUGCCAAAACUGAGACUUUCCAGCCAAACAUUUUUGGGCGCUGCCAAAACUGAGACCUUCGAGUCAAACAUUUUUGGGCGCUGCCAAAACUGAGACUUUCCAGCCAAACAUUUUUGGGCGCUGCCAAAACUGAGACCUUCGAGUCAAACAUUUUUGGGCGCUGCCAAAACUGAGACUUUCCAGCCAAACAUUUUUGGGCGCUGCCAAAACUGAGACUUUCCAGCCAAACAUUUUUGGGCGCUGCCAAAACUGAGACCUUCGAGUCAAACAUUUUUGGGCGCUGCCAAAACUGAGACUUUCCAGCCAAACAUUUUGGGCGCUGCCAAAACUGAGACCUUCGAGUCAAACAUUUUGGGCGCUGCCAAAACUGAGACCUUCGAGUCAAACAUUUUGGGCGCUGCCAAAACUGAGACUUUCCAGCCAAACAUUUUGGGCGCUGCCAAAACUGAGACUUUCCAGCCAAACAUUUUGGGCGCUGCCAAAACUGAGACCUUCCAGCCAAACAUUUUGGGCGCUGCCAAAACUGAGACUUUCCAGCCAAACAUUUUGGGCGCUGCCAAAACUGAGACUUUCCAGCCAAACAUUUUGGGCGCUGCCAAAACUGAGACUUUCCAGCCAAACAUUUUGGGCGCUGCCAAAACUGAGACCUUCGAGUCAAACAUUUUGGGCGCUGCCAAAACUGAGACUUUCCAGCCAAACAUUUUGGGCGCUGCCAAAACUGAGACUUUCCAGCCAAACAUUUUGGGCGCUGCCAAAACUGAGACCUUCGAGUCAAACAUUUUGGGCGCUGCCAAAACUGAGACUUUCCAGCCAAACAUUUUGGGCGCUGCCAAAACUGAGACCUUCGAGUCAAACAUUUUGGGCGCUGCCAAAACUGAGACCUUCGAGUCAAACAUUUUGGGCGCUGCCAAAACUGAGACCUUCGAGUCAAACAUUUUGGGCGCUGCCAAAACUGAGACCUUCGAGUCAAACAUUUUGGGCGCUGCCAAAACUGAGACCUUCGAGUCAAACAUUUUGGGCGCUGCCAAAACUGAGACUUUCCAGCCAAACAUUUUUGGGCGCUGCCAAAACUGAGACCUUCGAGUCAAACAUUUUUGGGCGCUGCCAAAACUGAGACUUUCCAGCCAAACAUUUUUGGGCGCUGCCAAAACUGAGACCUUCGAGUCAAACAUUUUUGGGCGCUGCCAAAACUGAGACUUUCCAGCCAAACAUUUUGGGCGCUGCCAAAACUGAGACCUUCGAGUCAAACAUUUUGGGCGCUGCCAAAACUGAGACCUUCGAGUCAAACAUUUUGGGCGCUGCCAAAACUGAGACCUAGGGAAACAUGGGAGAGUCCGCAGAAAGUUUAUCAAGAGUCAAAAAACCAAAUAGAAAAUCACAAAAAAGACCAAAUCUCGAGCUUUUUGGACCGUUUUUUUUUUUGGUAAUAUUUUUUACCAUGCCAAUUAGACAGGGAGACUGACUUUUUCUGCUUAGCCAGCGAUGGACGCAAUCCGUAG